UGUUUCAUGACAUCGAGUUAUAGUGUAUUAGUUUCCUGGGGCUUCUGGCAACAAAGUACUGCAAACCCAGUAGCUUAAAACAAGAUAAUUUAUUGUCUCACAGCUCUAGCGGCUGGAAGUCCUAAGUCAAGGUGUCAGCAGUCUUGGUUCCUUCUAAGGGCUCUGAGGAGUAAUCUCGUCCCUGUUUCUCUCCUUUGUCUCCUAGCUUCUGGGGAUUGCCGGCAAUCAUUGGGAUUGGUGGGUUUUAGACGGGUCAUAUCAUCUCUGUCUCCAUCUUUACAUGGUGUUCUCCCUAUGUCUCUGUGUCUUCACAUGAUCGUCCUUUUAUUAGGACACUGGUUACAUUGGAUUUGGGGUCCCCCAACUGCAGUAUGACCUCAUCUUUACUACUUACUUUACAAUGACCUUAUUUCCAAAUAAGGUCACCUUCUGAGGUAGUGGGGUUUAGGACUUCAUAUCUUUUUGAGGAGACACACACAAUCUAUAACAUAGAUUAUUAUUGUUUGGGAAAUCUCAUUUUUCUCUGAAAUUCCGUCAAUAGAAGGAUGCCUGGGUGGCCCAGUCACUUAAACAUCUGACUUUGGCUCAGGUCAUGAUCUUGAAGUUCAUGGGUCCGAGCCCCGCGGCAGGCUCUAUGCAGACGGCACAGAGCCUGGAGCCUGCUUCAGAUUCUGUGUCUCCCUCUCUCUCUGCCCUUUCCCCACUCACUCUCUGCCUCUCCCUCAAAAAUAAAUAAACACUAAAAAAAAAAAAAAAAAGUAAAGAAAUUCUGUCAAUAGAGAGUUUAAAGAAAACAGUUCUGAAGUUGGCCACUGAAACCACAUUACUUUAAGGAGCCAUUUAAUGUCUUGGAAUGAAGAAGAGAUAACCCUGUCUUGUCUCACUUAUAGUGUGCCUUUGAGAAUCAAGUGAGGUGAUACUUUAAAAAUGCUGCUAUUUGUUUUUUUUUUCCCCAGUGAAACAUUAAUUCCAGAUCAUUGCAUUUUCAUUGAAAAUUACUGAAAGUGGCAUUCCUUUUACUUAAUGUUCUCUCAUCAGCUCAGUGGAGGAGUGGUCAUACCUGUUAAAUUUUCUACGUGUGUAUCCUGACUUUAACUAAUUUAUGAGAAUCCCACAUCCUUUUUUACUGGUACCAUAGAAACUGUGAUAUUAAAAAGUACUCAUAUUUCUAACUAUGAAUAUUAUAAAUUACCCUUCAAGUUAGUUAUUCCAACUUUUUAAAAUAAAAAGUAAAGAAAACAUUUUAUUAUUCUAAAAUAUAUGUAUUUUAAGAGAAUGCCUAUGUGUUGUCCCAUACUUGUUUGUAAUUUACUCUGUUGGAAUUGGAGCAUCUUUAAAAAACUUUUUUCUUGUUGUGCUCAUAAAAUUGUUCACAUUUUCCCUAGAUUGACAGAUGAAUUGUGCAAAGCUGGCAUUGAUGUAAACAUGUGUAGAAGCAAAGAUCCCAGAAAGUUUUUGAAAUCGUAUUUAAUCAUGUGAGUAGGAGAACAGAACAGGGAGAGAAAAAGGAAGAAAGCGUUUUGAAAUGUAUGCCGGUCACUCAGUCUGUGCCUUUAAAUGUGGCAGCAAAGGUUAUGCGAAGAAAUGUUUGCAUUGAACCUUUUGACCAUUCUACAACUCAGGAAGGAUGCAACAGUUUUGUUAGUUAAAAAACACUAUACAAAUGUUGAGGAUAUCUGCAUGACAUUAAGGGAUUGAAAUCAUUUUGUCAUCCUGUGAUAAGAACAAGACCAGGUGGCUCCAUUCUGUGGCUUAGGAUGUGGGUUUCUUUGGUUUUGCUAGUCUCUGAUACUCAGGGAAACAAGUUAUGUAUGCAGAAUGCGCUGUUUUUUUUUUUAGAUGCAUGGAGUGUGGUAGCCUAAUUAUUGGCCGUGGAAUAUGUUCUGUUGGGCAUUGUGUGGCAGUCUGUUUGCUUUUUUUGUUCUCUUGUUUUUCUUUUUCUUUUUGUUUUUUUAAUGUAGAGAUGGGUCCUGCUGAGCAGAUACAAAUGCAUUAAGAUCGAAGUGCUGCCUUUGAUAUUAUUUUUGUUGUAUUUGAAAUUCAGAUGAUUAAUUACUGUAAUGUGUAUUUCAAAAAUGAAAAUUGCUAGUUUGUGGGUGGAGUGGCCUAUGACGCACAUACCGAAGAACUUUUUGCUUCUUCAGCAGAAGGCCUUCUACUAGUAUCUAGCGCCAUUGCCCUCAUCCAUGGGUUUCAUUUCUUCAACACAGAAGCCCUGAAGUCAUCUCCGUCUUGCCCCUUCAUCUGUUUUCUCCCUACUUUGCUUUUAUUCAUUAAAAGCAACAUUCUCAUUCACUUGUUUAUAUAGGAGAAAACUUACGGUUCAGCCUGUACAUGAUAGGAAGUUCCAGCGUGGUCAAGAUUCUUAUCAGCCCAGUUUUCUUUAGGUGAUGCUAGGAGGCCUCUUCAUGAAACAGCAGUUUUGGUAGAAGAUGUGGUGCACACACAGUUAAUUAAUCUGUUACAGCAAGCUGCUGAAGUUUCUCAGCUUCGGGGAGCCAGGGUAAUCUCUGCCGAAGACCUUCUGUUUUUGAUGCGCAAAGAUAAGAAAAAACUGAGAAGACUGCUAAAGUACAUGUUUUUCCGAGACUACAAAUCCAAGAUUGUCAAGGGCAUCGAUGAGGAUGAUCUUCUGGAAGACAAACUGAGUGGCAGCAAUAAUGCAAACAAAAGACAAAAAAUUGCCCAAGACUUUCUCAACUCUAUUGACCAAACAGGAGAACUCUUGGCAAUGUUUGAAGAUGAUGAAGUUGAUGAAGUUAAACAAGAAAGAAUGGAGAGAGCAGAAAGGCAAACUCGAAUUAUGGAUUCGGCUCAAUAUGCAGAAUUCUGUGAAAGUCGACAAUUAAGUUUCUCCAAAAAAGCCUCCAAAUUUCGAGACUGGUUGGACUGCAGCAGUAUGGAGAUAAAACCCAAUGUUGUCGCUAUGGAAAUUUUAGCAUAUUUAGCAUAUGAAACUGUGGCACAGUUAGUGGACCUGGCUCUUCUUGUGAGGCAGGACAUGGUAACCAAGGCCGGAGACCCCUUCAGCCAUGCCAUUUCUGCAACCUUCAUUCAGUAUCACAACUCUGCUGAGGGGUCUAGCAUGAAGUCCUACCCAGAAUCUCCUGAGACCACACCUCCUCCCACACCAACAGCCCCAUCAUCUGGGUCACAGCACUCAGGGAAAACCACAUCAGGAUCCCUUGGGAAUGGGAGUGCUGGACAAGACUUGACUAAAACCAAGCAAAGGAAAAGAAAAAAGAGCACUGCGGCCUGUGGUGUUGAGGCUCACAGCGAUGCCAUCCAGCCCUGCCACAUCAGAGAGGCCGUUCGACGCUACGGCCACAAGAUUGGCCCCCUUUCCCCAUUCACAAGUGCCUACCGCAGGAAUGGGAUGGCUUUUCUGGCCUGCUGACGGGACUUGUGACCAUAACAACAGGAAAGGCAUGUUAUAGUAAGGUGAUUUCUGUUCCCCUCUUUGGACAAAAUAAAAUACAAGUUUACCUUC